AUGACACUCAUUGCUGUCACACGCAAAAGACAUGAGUUCAAUUCUCGUGUGGGUAUAGUCUUGGAGAACGAGGUGGGACAGGGUGGAGGCAAUCCUGUCUCUAUAAAAUACCUCAUGUGCUCAGUAAAGAGACUGUCAGGCGAGAGGGAGGGGCCGAAACCUGCCACCUGCCCCCGCUGCCUUGUGGGGAAAGCCCUGGACUUCAAUUUUGGCGCUGUCGGCAAAGGUGUGGGGAACCCCUCUUUUGGGAAUACUCCUUCGCAAGGACAGACCAACAUCAUGACGGGAGGCGGUGACAACAAGUCUAACUCCAGCUCCGCUACCAACAAGGCUGGAGGAUUCUCGUCUAAUACCGGAACAGGAAACCUCUUUGAUAAGAACCUCUUCGGAAGACCGGGGCUCAACAACAAUGUGUUUACGAAUAACAAUCUAUUUAACAACAACAAUAAUAAUAAUAACAACAAUAAUCUGCUGAAUAAUAAUGUGAACUCGAAUUUGAACAACAAUAAGCAGAACAUAUUCCAGUUCAAAAAUCCCUACAACAACAACAACAACAACAACAACAACAACAACAACAACAACAACAACAACAACAACAACAACAACAAGGACGACAAUACAAGCACUAAACUACCCCAGCAGGGAGGUCUUUUCGGAAGUCCUUUCAACACGCCCGGAAAUGGAAUAGCCACAGACGGAAAUAAUCCUUUCGGGUCCAGUCAGGGAGGCGGAUCCCUCGGUUCUCAACCCAGCCCUUUCCGGUUCCGGUCUUUGAACAACAACAAGUUCGGUAACCCUCCCAUCAGCUCGAACCAGUUUGGUAAUUUGCCGCCUAUUGUGGACAAAAAUAACAAUUUCAAGCCAGGUUUUGGUGGUCUGACCGCCACCAGUCCCACCAGCCCUCCUCUUGACAGCAACGCAUUUGACAGAAAAGACGAUCGAAGUAAUCAAGAGCAGAAUCCGGGUUCUUAUGGGAACUCCCUACCGAGUAAAGAGCCCGUAUCACUGGGCGAUGGUGUGAUCAAUCUCGGGAGCCCUGGGCCAACCCCGACGCUCACAAAGAAGAAUAUUGAUAGUUCUCCACAACCCAAGAGCGUAGAAUCUUUUAUUCCUAGUGCUGGAGACGACAACAUUGCACGUCCUUCUCGUUAUUCUCCCCCAGAACCUGACUACUCAAACCCAGGACCCAGGCAAGCAGGUGGUGUGAACGCUGACCCCUCCAAAACAUCGCUGCCAGUGAGCGCCGUUAUAACAAAUUAUCCCUUGGAUCAAGGCGGAGAAAAUGGCCCAGAGCAGACCAACACCGCCACAGAUUUCGAAAGAAACAAAUCGCCUACCUCUGAUUUCACCGGCCCACCACCCCAAGCACGUUCUCCACCCUCUUACCUACAAGGAGGACAAGCCACACCUUACAGACCGAGCCAGUCAGAGGUGCCGAGUUCAACACCCACCGUGUCCAGAACUAGACCAGAGGCUGGUGACUUAGACUAUAGGAUUCCAACAAACCAAGGGCAGCCGCCUGGUAUAGAUGACCUUCCUUACGGCAGAGGAAGUAGCCAAGGGGGUGACCGUCUGAAAGAACCUUUAGGACCAGGAGGCGUCAAUGGAGGGGGCAACAAUGCCUACAGCGAUGGAAAUGACAAACGUAACAUAUACAGCCCAGAUGCUGGAAGUCGAAACGAUCAAAGAAACAACGACAAUCGUUACAACGACAACCGUUACAACGACAACAACAACAACCCGCCAAGUAGCAGUUUCACAUCACCCAGAGACAACAAGGGAAGCGACAGACAAGAAGCUAGCUCUGACAUCCGUUCAGCUUUCGGCCAAAAUGGUCUGAAGAACAAAGGUGUGUCCCCGCCAGAGGGGCUGGACGGGAGUAGGCUGGACGGAAAGGACAGCAUUGGAAGGAGUCCGGGGUUUGUGGGCACGUCUCUUUUGACUGAUGGCGACUACCUGGACCGAGCUGAGAAAGAGAGGGAUAAGGGCGCUAAAGUUCCAGAAGAAUUCGAAAAACCCUUCAAGGCACAGAACAACUUGUUCCCAGGCUUCGACAAAUUUGCCAAUGGCGACGGUCUCUCCAACUUCGGCACCAAAAACUCCGUCUUUAAUCUUUUCGGUAAGAAGAAAGGCUCCCCUCCUGGAUUUCAGAACGGAAAUUUCAAUUUCAACAAUCCAGAUUUUCUGAAGCCAGAUUCCUACACCGGGGAGGGAAAUGGUGAGGGUUCAACAACAAAUGCACCCUCAAGUGUGGACGGAGACAAGCAACAAAGCCAGGCGACCCCUAGACCAACGUCCUCCCCCGGGACAAAUUCUAUCUUCCAGUCCCCCAACAAUGCACUUUCCCUGUUGAAUAACCCACAAGGGCCUCUAAACAGCCAGCAUAGCCCCUCAGGACCAGGCCACCCCGGAGGUAACAAUUUUAACAACAAUAACAAUUACAACAACAACAAUAACAGCCCAUACAGUACAAAUCGUCCUGUUUCUAACUACAACCCAGCCCGAGCACCGAACUCUUACCCCGCGACGACGCGUUAUCCCAACCAACAACCAAUAUACAACAACCCUCAAGGUCCCCCCGGGCCCUACGGGAACGCGCCUCCACCCAGACCCUUCGGAAGUGCCCCGCCUCCCUACGGAAAUAACAGACCCCCGGCUUACGGUAACGCUCCGACUCCUGGUUAUGGAAACGUCGGGCCUAACCAACCUUACAACAGCGCAGGGGGGCCGUACCCAGCAGGCAGAAGCCCCCCGUAUCCUCAAAACCGACCAGGUAACUUCGGAGGCGCUCCCAACAACGGGGGCAACAACCCCCAGUCUUUCGCACCUGGUCAGGGCUAUGGCAACCCCCGGGGCCCCGCCCCACCUGUCUACAAUAACUUUAACAAUGGGCCAGGUCAAUAUAGAGGGCCACAAGGUGGAUACAACAACAACCCAGGGCCUGGCUUGCCUCCACAGAGAGGUCCAAACCCGUACCAAUCAGGCGGCAACCCCAACCCCAACCCGUCUUACACGUUCGGUGGCCCAAACCAACAGCCAAACCAAGGCUACGGCCCUCGCCCUGCGAACACGAACGGAUUCCGUGGACCUCCUAACAACGUCGUGAUUGGUCCGAGCAAUGCCGGAAACCCGGGUCCCUUUCGUGGAAAUCCAGCCUCUGGCAACAGAGGGCUUGGUCCUUACCCAGGUUCCCAGACCCCAGGCGGUCCUGGUUUGAACCCUUAUGGGCCAAGAGGCGGCCCUAACGGUCAAAAUCAAGGGCCACCGCCAAGGUACGGUCAAGGGAAUGCCCCUAGAGGUGGACCUACUUAUAACCCUGGGCCAGUCAGGAAUCAAGGAGCACCGUCGUCUAGUGGGGCAGGAAGAAAGCCACCACAAGGUGGCCCAUUCUCCAGUGGCUCUGGAUCACGACCAGCCCCGUCUCAAGCCUCUCUGCUGGGACAAGACAUCUUCAGCAACCUGCCUGGAAUCGGACAAGGUGCUAAGCAGCCAAGUGCUGGCGCCGCCCCUUACUCACCAGUAGACUCCUCCCCCUUUUCCUUCCUUAAUCCUCAGAUAGAGUCAAGUAAGCCAACAGAAGCACCGUACAAUCCCCAGCCUCCUCCUUUCGAUCAAAGACCAGGGAAUUUCGGUGGCGGUGUAGGAGGCUCUAGAGGGACCCGUGGUCCGUCCCGUCCACCGCAAGAUGGAGGUCUGCCGCUCGGCGGAUCCUUCCCAGGUUUUAAAGAGAGACCUCCAUCUCUUUUUGAUAACAGGGCUGGAAAUAGCAAUCCUCGUAACCAAGGUCCUCCAAACGACGGACGGUCUCCUUUUCCAGGGCUGGGCUCUGGUCAACCAGGUUUGAAUUUCCCAACCAAAGGACCAGGUUUUGGACAGAGGAAUCCUAACUUUGACCAGGGAAGGCCGCCUAGCGGAGAGCAAAGACCGCAAUUCAACCAAGGUGACUUGGGAUUGAACCAAGGAGGUAACCCUUUUGACCAAAGACCCCCAAGUUUAGACAAUAAACUACCAUCGUUCAAUCAGGGAGGAUCAGAUUUUGGCCAAAGAAGACCAGGUUUCGACCAAGGAGCACCCAGUUAUGAUCAAAGAGGACUUGGUUUUGACGAAAGGGGGCCUGGUCCUGACCAGAGAGGGCCGAGUGGUUUUGACAAAAGGAGGCCUGGUUUUGACCAAAAAGGACCUAGCGAUUUUACCCAAAGAGGACCUGGUGAUUUUGAUCAAAGAGGACCCCAACGAAACCAACGUGGGCCACUUUUAGACGAGAGUGGUAGGGGACCACUGUUACAGGACAGGGGCUCUCUUUUUGACCAAAGAGACCAGCCUUUUGGUGGUCAGAGGAACCCGUCGUUUGAUGAAAGGCAGCCACGAGGUGAUUCCCGAGGAUCCCCGCUAGAGACUGGUCCAUCGUUUACCCCAGGACGUCCGUCUUUUGGGGAUCAGAACCCGUCUUUUGACCAGAGAGGGAGACCUUCGUUCAACCCAGACGCUUCACCAUAUGGCCCAAGGGGCGGUUCGGAACCGAGAGCUGGCGAACGAAAAACUUUCGGGGAAUUCCCAACUUUUGCUGGGGAGACCAGAGGAGAGAAAGCCCCACCCCAAAGAGCUCCCUUCUCAGAGCCACCUGGUCCCCUCAGCAAGCCCAGCGACCGCCGACCACCACAAGGACAAGACUCAGCAGACUUGUUUGAUAGGAAAGAUGGCUACGGUUUUGACAACAACUUUGGCUCCUUUGGUAGGUAGGGGGAAUGGUCUACUUGUCCGUCGCCAUCUUUUUUGUGUCGCUGUUUUGCUUUGUUUUUAAAUAGGGCUUUUUGUUUUGUUUGUGUACCCCUCGAAUGUGUUUUUGUAGCUUGCUCACAAGAUAGGCACUUUCAUGUGAAAAACGUUCAACUUGAAUACUUGUAGAAAAGGAUUAAAAUUACCUUAUGAUUUUUUUCAAGA